AUGGCCAGCGUGCUGUCCCGGCGCCUUGGCAAGAGGUCGCUCCUGGGAGCCCGGGUGUUGGGGCCGCCCGGGGCUGCCCCUCCUGCAGAGCCUCAGGCAGAGCUGAUGGUGGCUCUCCAGCCCUUCCUUGCCUCCAAGGACACUUCCUGCCACGAGCAGCCCAAGGAAAUCCUCAAGGCUCCCGGCACCACAGGCCUCCAGCAGGUGGCCUUUCAGCCCAGGCAGAGGGUUCAUGUGUGGUACGGGGGACAAGAGUGCACAGGACUGGUGGAGCAGCAUAGCUGGGCAGAGGAUAAGGUGACUGUCUGGCUGCUGGACCAGAAGUUACAAAUCUGCUGCAAAGUGGAGGAGGUGUGGCUGGCGGAUCCGCAGGGCCCUAUUCCCCAGGUGCCACCUCUGGAGCCCAGAGCCCAGGCACCGGCCUUCAGGCCCGUCUCCAGGAACAUUGACGUCCCAAAGAGGAAGUCGGAUGCAGUAGAAAUGGACGAGAUGAUGGCGGCCAUGGUCCUGACGUCGUUGUCCUGCAGCCCAGUGGUGCAGAGUCCUCCCGGGGCUGAUGCCACCUUCUCUGCUUCCCGCGCUGCCUGUGACCCGUGGAAGGAGGGCUGGAAGGAGGGCGGCGACGUGUCCGACAGCGGGAGCAGUACCAGCAGUGGCCACUGGAGCGCGAGCAGCGGCCUGUCCACCCCGUCGCCUCCCCGCCCCCAGGCCAGCCCCAGGUAUCUGGGGGACGCCUUUGGGUCGCCCCACACUGAUAAUGGAUUUGACACCGAUCCAGACGCUUUCCUGCUGGAUGAACCAGCUCCACGCAAAAGAAAGAACUCCGUGAAGGUGAUGUACACGUGCCUGUGGCCAAACUGUGGCAAAGUCCUGCGUUCCAUCGUGGGCAUCAAGCGACACAUCAAAGCCCUCCACCUGGGGGACACUGUGGACUCGGAUCAGUUCAGGCGGGAGGAGGAUUUCUACUACACAGAGAUGCAGGUGAAGGAGGGUGCUGCUGCGGCCCCCACAGCUGACCCAGCUCCCACCCCUGGUGUGGCCAGCCCGCCCCUCGCCACUCUUCCAUCGCUGCCUCCCAAAGCCCAGCCAUCAGGCCCGGAACACCCAGGCCUGGAGUCUUACCUGCGCCCUGGUGCUCUCAGCAAGUCAGCUCCUGGCUCCUUCUGGCAUAUCCAGGCGGACCACGCAUACCAGGCCCUGCCAUCCUUUCAGAUCCCCGUCUCACCACACAUCUACACCAGUAUUAGCUGGGCAGCUGCACCCUCCACGGCCUCCUCCCUGUCGCCGGUCCGGAGCCGGUCGCUAAGCUUCAGCGAGCCCCCGCAGCCGGCACCUGCAGUGAAGUCACACCUGGUCGUCACUUCUCCACCCCGGGCCCAGAGCAGCACCAGGAAGGCCCGUGGGGAGGCCAAGAAGUGCCGCAAGGUGUAUGGGAUAGAGCACCGGGACCAGUGGUGCACCGCCUGCCGCUGGAAGAAAGCCUGCCAGCGCUUCCUGGACUGAACCUGCCCGGCCGGCUUGUCCCCUAUGCUCCCGGCCCCGUGUGGCUGGUGACACGAGGCAGACGUGUCACAGGCCCUCAGCAGAAACCCGAAGGAGAAAAAGAGUGGACAUUGGGAGUUUGGGCUCUGUUGGUCAAGGUGUAAUACUCAAAACCUUUCCCCCCCUUGUGGGAACAUUUUAUUUUUUAAAAAAAAACAGCAAAAAUAUUUUUUCCCUCUAAAAUAGGAGAGAGCAAAAACUGACCAGGGGUAUUCUGCAGCAAACCAGAGACCAAAGAAUUAACCACCCUCGCUUUCCCACAUCCUGUCUCUCUGGGGGAUUAGUGUGUACAUCAAAAGAAGGAACAGCGCAUUCUGUUUCCUGCCCAGUUGGUGAAUUCUUUGUUUUCUCAACUCUUCCAGAAGGGACUGUGAGCAGGAUGAAUUAAGUUUUCUUAAAAAAAAAAACAAACCCCAACAACAAAAUACACCAGCUUCCGGUGAUGACUCAGUGACCAGGACCUGCUGUGGAUGGGGUGGGAAGGGGCCUGGGGCCGGGGGAGGGGGGAACCUGUGUCCUUUUUAAGGUGCAGCCAGCCACCCCUCCUCCUCCUGAACCCAGGAGGAGGGAGGGCUUGUCCUUGCCAAGCAACUUUUGUGGAGGUAAAAGGAGACCCCUUUCUCCAUGACAACUCUUUGAACCUGGGUUCCCUCGGACACUGGGUUGCAUCCCAAUAAAUAUUGUAUGGCUCCUUCUCAAA